AACUCUUGACGCUGGAGAUAGGUGACCCUGCUUACACUAAAGAUAGAUUUCCUGGGCUGCUGGCUGCCUCGCUGGAGCGCUUCAGCUUUGAGCAGAUGGCCAUAAAUGGAAAGAGCAACUGGAGAGAGUCGGCGUACCUUAGCCAGAGUGUGAAUGUGGAAGCAUCAGUUCAUGGGAGUAAUGUGCACUGCACAGAUAAGACAAUUGAAGCUGCAGAAGCUCUGCUUCAUAUGGAGUCUCCUACCUGCCUGAGAGAUGCCAGGAGCCCUGUGGAAGUUUUUGUCCCUCCUUGUGUGUCAACCCCAGAAUUUAUCCAUGCGGCCAUGAGACCUGACGUGAUCACUGAAACUGUGGUGGAGGUGUCAACGGAGGAAUCCGAACCGAUGGAUGCAUCUCCUGUUCCAACUUCCCCCGAUAUCCAUGAACCAAUGAAAAAGAAAAAAGCUGGCCGUAAACCGAAGACCCAACAGUCGGCUGUAUCUGAUGGGUCUCCAGAUCUAGGUAUAAAGAAGAAACCUAGAGAAGGCAAAGGAAAUACAACGUACUUGUGGGAGUUUCUUCUGGAUCUUCUGCAGGACAAAAAUACUUGUCCGCGAUAUAUUAAAUGGACUCAGCGAGAGAAGGGAAUCUUUAAACUUGUGGACUCGAAAGCUGUCUCCAAACUAUGGGGAAAACACAAAAACAAACCUGACAUGAACUAUGAGACUAUGGGAAGAGCUCUGAGAUACUACUAUCAAAGAGGAAUCCUUGCAAAAGUUGAGGGACAGAGGCUUGUAUAUCAAUUUAAGGAGAUGCCAAAAAAUAUAGUUGUCAUAGAUGAUGACAAAAGUGAGUCCUGCAAUGAAGAUUUGCCAAUGCCUACAGAUGAGAAGUCAUUUUUGUCUUUAUCUGCAGAAAAUCUUUUAAAAGCAGCAACCUCUGCACGUGGAGGAAAAAAUUCCUCUCAGUUAAGCUGUACCAGAUCAGAAAAAGCAGUCACGAGAGUUGUGAAUAUUGCCUCACCAGCGCAUGAUACACCGUCAUCUCGUCCCUCAACUACCACCGCUACUGUCCCAGCAACAACAGCUCCCAGGACUGUACGUGUGGCAAUGCAAGUGCCUGUUGUAAUGACCUCUCUGGGACAGAAAAUCUCCACCGUGGCGGUGCAGUCGGUAAGCGCAGGCUCACCGUUACUGACCAACACGAGUCCGACAACGGCGACGACUCCGAAGGUAGUAAUCCAGACAAUCCCUACUGUGAUGCCAACCUCCGCUGAAAACGGAGACAAAAUCACAAUGCAGCCUGCCAAAAUCAUCACGAUCCCCGCCACGCAGCUGACGCAGUGUCAGUUACAAACAAAAACGGGCCUGUCUGGAUCGGGAAGUAUUAACAUCGUGGGAACCCCGUUGGCUGUUAGAGCACUAACCCCGGUGUCUAUAGCUCAUGGGACACCGGUGAUGAGACUAUCGGUGCCUGCUCAGCAGGCCUCUGGCCAGACUCCUCCCAGGGUGAUUAGCGCGGUUAUCAAAAGUCCAGAAGUUAAAUCAGACGCUGCGGCGUUAAAACAGGAACGUGAAGUGAAAACGCUGCAGCUGGUAAAGGAAGAGAAGCCGGCAGAUGGGAGCAAGACUGUGACCCACGUAGUAGUAGUUAGCACGCCCUCUGCGAUUGCCCUUCCUGUAGCAAUGAAAACAGAAGGAAUCAUAACGUGCGAGAAAUGA